AUGGAAACACUUGAAGCUACAGAUUACAGUUUUUUAACUUAUGAUCCCAAUAAUACUACAACUAAAGAAACGUCAACAAUAGUACCAUCAGCAUCAGCAUUGGAAAAAAAAUCAAAGCCUAAAAGAAGCUUCUAG